CGGGCCUUUGCGUCAAGUAUAACGUCCCAAGCAUCUGCAAUUGCGGAAAUCCCGCCAUGCGGAAUUCAGUGUCUGUUCACCGCGAUACCGACGAGCGGCUGCUUGUGGGAUGAUGUUAGCUGCAUAUGUCAGAGCGAAAACCUCACACGAGCCAUGGCGACGUGCCUACUCGAUAAUUGCACUAUGGCUGAUACUCAAAACACAGCGCGGGUGCAAGCGGAUCUCUGCCAUCUCUCAAAAGAUUCGAAGAGAACAGAGAUGUUCUUGUUCUCUGGCAUCUUGUACGCUAUAGGACUCAUGAACGUCAUGCUGCGAACGGCCGGGAAGCUAGUAUCCAAGCGCCUUGCAUGGGAUGACUGGAUUCUUGUUGGCACACUGCUAUUCACCACUCUACCCUUGGGAUGCGUUUUGGCCAUGACUAGGAUAGGGUUCGGCGAGCAUCUAUGGAAUCUCAAAGCUAAUACACUACUUCCCAUCUUGCGAUACUUCUACAUUGCCUGGUCUACCUAUAUUCUGGUGAUCACCCUCAUCAAAAUUGCAUUAGUAGUAUUCUAUCUUGAGAUUUUUGACUCGCGGCGGUUCAAGAUCACAGCUUACAUCGUGAUUGUCUAUCUCGUUGUCACGAGCCUCAUCAGCUUUUUUAUCACCAUCUUCGUGUGCAAGCCUAUUUCAUAUUACUGGAAUCGCGAUAUUGAGGGCACAUGUAUGGACCCUCAAGUGAUCGCUUAUGGGUGCUCGGUAUGCGCAAUUGUCCAGGAUGUGGUAUUGCUCAUCCUGCCACUAGUCUUUAUCCGAGACCUCAAAAUCCAGAGACGCAGAAAAAUUGGCGCUGUCGUCAUGUUCUCCGUCGGAUCCCUUGGGUGCAUCGCCACAAUUAUCCGGUUCCAUGCCCUUACUACGUUUCGGAUCUCUGUCGACCCAACAUGGGACUAUGUGUCUGCUACCAUUUGGACAGAGGUCGAACUCGCGGCCGGUAGCAUUUGCGUAUCGCUACCAUCAAUCCGGGUGCUCGUGUCAAAGACACUC